CGUCGGAGCGGCGGAAGGGGCCGGUCGGCGAGAGGGCCAGGCCGGGCGACGAGUGCCGAGCGCGGCAGCCAGCCAGCCAGCCGAGGCCGGGGCGCGCCAUGUAGGCGGCCGACAGCGCCCGCCCGCCCGCCCGCCAUGCCGCCGGCGCCUCUGCCGCCCAAGGAGAGCAACCUCUUCAAGCGGAUUCUGAAAUGUUAUGAACAAAAACAAUAUAAAAAUGGACUCAAAUUCUGCAAGAUGAUCCUCUCCAAUCCCAAGUUUGCUGAGCAUGGAGAGACUUUGGCUAUGAAAGGGCUGACAUUGAAUUGUUUAGGAAAGAAAGAAGAAGCAUAUGAAUUUGUUCGUAAAGGUCUUCGAAAUGAUGUAAAAAGUCAUGUCUGUUGGCACGUGUAUGGACUCUUGCAGCGCUCGGAUAAAAAAUACGAUGAAGCAAUUAAAUGCUAUCGAAAUGCUCUCAAAUUAGAUAAAGACAACCUACAAAUUUUAAGAGAUCUCUCACUGUUGCAGAUCCAAAUGCGAGAUCUUGAAGGAUAUAGAGAGACCCGGUAUCAGCUCCUACAGCUGCGGCCUACUCAGAGGGCUUCAUGGAUUGGAUAUGCUGUUGCAUAUCAUUUGCUGAAAGAUUAUGACAUGGCCUUAAAACUUCUAGAAGAGUUUAGAAAAACUCAACAGAUUCCUCCUAAUAAAAUAGACUAUGAAUAUAGUGAAUUAAUACUAUACCAGAACCAAGUGAUGAGAGAGGCAGAUUUGUUUCAAGAAUCUCUGGAACAUAUAGAAACCUAUGAGCAGCAAAUAUGUGAUAAGCUCAUGAUAGACGAAAUCAGAGGAGAAAUGUUGUUGAAGUUGGGAAGACUAAAGGAAGCUUCCGAAGCAUACAGAGAGCUUAUUGAUCGAAAUGCAGAAAACUGGAGUUACUAUGAAGGCCUGGAAAGAGCACUGCAGCCAUGUUCUUUAGAAGACAGGCUACGAAUGUAUGAAGAAAUAAGCAAGCGACAUCCAAGAGCAGUCUCACCUAGAAGAUUACCAUUAAACUUUGUCACAGGUGAAAAAUUUAGAGAGCUAAUGGAUAAGUGGCUGAGAGUUAACUUCAGUAAAGGCUGCCCACCCUUGUUUACUACUUUGAAAUCUUUAUAUUACAAUACCGAAAAGGUUUCUACAAUCCAAGAACUUGUUACUGGGUAUGAAGCUUCUUUGAAAACCUGUGACUUGUUUAGUCCAUAUGACAACGGAGAACGAGAGCCCCCAACAACCCUCCUUUGGGUUCGCUACUUCCUUGCCCAGCACUUUGACAAACUUGGUCAGUUUUCAGUGGCCUUGGAUUACAUUAAUUCCGCUGUUGCAAGUACACCGACGUUAAUAGAGCUCUUUUAUCUAAAAGCAAAAAUUUAUAAGCAUGUCGGCAAUCUCAUUGAGGCUGCCAAGUGGAUGGAUGAAGCACAGUCCUUGGACACAGCAGACAGAUUCAUCAACUCCAAGUGUGCAAAGUACAUGUUGCGAGCAAAUAUGGUGAAAGAGGCAGAGGAAAUGUGCUCCAAGUUCACAAGGGAAGGAACAUCUGCAAUGGAGAAUCUCAAUGAAAUGCAGUGUAUGUGGUUCCAGACUGAAUGUGCUUUAGCUUUUCAGAGAUUGGGAAAAUAUGGAGAGGCCUUGAAAAAGUGCCAUGAAGUAGAAAGGCACUUUUUUGAGAUAACAGAUGAUCAAUUUGACUUCCACACGUACUGCAUGAGAAAGAUGACCCUGCGUGCCUAUGUCGAUCUCUUGAGACUGGAAGACGUUCUCAGGAAACACGCCUUCUACUUCAAGGCUGCCUGGUCAGCGAUUGAAAUCUACUUGAAGCUUCAUGAUAAUCCUCUGGCCAACGAAAGCAAAGAACAAGAAGUAAAUUCAGAAAACCUUUCUGCCAAGGAACUGAAGAAAAUGCUUAGUAAACAAAGACGUGCACAGAAGAAGGCGAAGCUUGAAGAAGAGAGGAAGCACGCUGAAAGAGAGAGGCAGCAAAAGAAUCAGAAAAAAAAGCGAGAUGAGGAAGAGGAGGAAACUAGCGGGCCCAAGGAAGAACUCGUUCCUGAAAAACUGGAGAGGGUUGAUCAUCCAUUAGAGGAAGCUAUUAAAUUUCUUAUACCACUUAAGAAUCUUGCGGCAGAUAACAUAGACACACAUCUGUUAGCAUUUGAAAUAUACUUCAGAAAAGGAAAAUUUUUAUUAAUGUUGCAAUCAGUAAAAAGAGCUUUUGCCAUCGACAGCAAUAACCCGUGGCUACAUGAAUGUUUGAUCAAAUUCUCCAAGUGUGUGUCUGAUCACAGCAAUUUAUCAGAAAUCGUGAACAAAGUCCUAACCCAAGAAAUGCAGAAGAUCUUUAUCAGUAAAGAUUUGGAAAGUUUUAAUGAAGAAUUUCUCAAACGCAAUCCUACCUCCAUUCAGCAUCGGCUCUCAGGUGCCAAAAUGAUGUAUUUCCUGGAUAGCUCAAGGCAAGAGAAAGCUCUCGCCAUUGCUACUAGAGCAGAUGAAACUACGAGAGACAAAAAUGUGAAGACUUUAACAAAGGUUUGGGAGUCCUUACUAGAUGGCAGCUUUGGAGUAUGUCCCACCCAGAGUAACGAAUAUCGGAUAGCAUGCCACAAACUGUUUCCUUUAGCAUCUGCCUUUAUGCCUCUCCCAAACGAAGAUGACGGUUGCUUUGCAUCAGUGAAUCAUACAGCCCUUAAUCAUGAUGUGCUGUCCAAUGAAAUCUGAAAUGAAAUAGCUCCGUCUCCUAAACUGGUUGCAUUCAGAUCAGCGGUUUUUCUACAGAAUAUGAUGGAACACGAUUCAGACGUCAAGCAGAGGCAAUUGAAUGAAACUGUACCGUGCUCUGAGCUCGUUAUCCCUCUACAAGAAUUCUCUCAAGAAGAAUACUGGUCAUGUUUACAUUUGUACAGUUACAAAUCUUUUUAUUGCAAAUCAUGGAUACUAGAAAUUGACCAUCCACAUAAAUGCUGUUGCGUACACCAUCUUACGAAACAUAGAUGAGCAAAGUUGGUAAACUUCUAGUGCAGUCCUCUGCAGAGUUACUCCUGUCUAAUCGCACUGAUUUCAAUGGCUUGCAUAGGAUUGGACUGUAAGAUGGAUCUCACGCUACAUGCCAUGUUUGUUGUUCUGUUUUCUGCAGCUUUUUAUUUGUGCCCCGCCUCCAAGCACUUACUACGUUCUAAUUAUAGGCAGUGGAAACGUUCCGUCAAUUCAAAGUGUCGUAUAGAAACAGCUCCUUAAAUUGAAGAGGGAGAGGGUACAUUUUGUUUUUAACAAUUUAUUUUCAUUUUUAAAUAAAUGUCCACUAUCAGUGUUCAUAUAUUUCUUUACCACAUCCCAGUUUUCAGACGUUAGCGUUGCAGACCUAAGCAGUUAUACACUGUCCUAAGCACGUUAACUUCAGUGGACUUAGAAAGGUAUAACUCUGUUUAGGAUUAUGAUGUCAGUAUAGCAGCAAAGGAAGUGGUUAUUCCCAGAUCGUGAGUUCAGUUUAAUAUUAAGCUCCACUGAACACUCACAUUUCAAUUUAAGAACAGUGAAUUCUACUUCUGCUGAAAUGUUGUUUCAAUGCUGUAAAGCAACUAGCAUUUAAGAUGUAUUUUGAAAAGAAAAAAGAAACCUAAAUGAGCACAACUUGACAGACUACAGAUCACAGCUAUUUUUUUUUCUUUUUUGCAUUAACCUGAACAUGCAUCACACACACAACGUAUGGAAGUUUUGAUUCAGCUGUCUUCGUGAGACAAACGGCUGUUCCUGGCAACUUUAUAUAAACUACUAUAGAACUUACAAUACACUGUGGCUUGUACAGAAAAUCAGUUUUAUCAAAACUAAUCGAAGAAGCAAUUUGUUUUUUAUUUUACAGUUAAUGUAAAUGUUUGAGUAAUAUUUCCUAGGCCCUAUGCAAAAUUCAAGAAGGGAAAUUUUAUCAAAACAAAUGGUUAUAAUUAAGAUGGUUGCCAUUUGGAAUCUGUAAUAGUUGAAUAAAAAGCUCCCUGUAAAAUAAUGCCAACUGAAGUAAUGCUGUAAUAAAUUAUUUUGUACA